AUGAAUACGUAUUUAACGGAACAAUUUUCCGCCAAUUCUUUUCAUCCAACACCUGUCGCAUUCAAACAAGCUGAUGAUGAAGUAAGUGACGGUUGGUUUUUUCGGCUGCCCGAGUAUGCCGCAUAG